AUGUCCAUCUCCAUUGGCUCAUGUCUAAGUAUGAAGAUGAAGAAAUCCAAUGUGGCCUCUCAACUUCUGAUUGCCCUUCAAGGCGGUUUGCAUGCUGAUCGUGAACUCAAAGGGCCCAGAAAAUACUCAUUGACACUUGCUGACGACAGCCAGAUUCCGCCCGGCCAAAAUUAA